UUUUCUCCCUUUCUUUCCCUUGUCUGAAAUUUACUUGUCAGCUAACUCUAGCAGUAAUCCAACCAUGAGUAGAGGUGGUAGUUACGGCGGCGGCCGGAGUUCCUUGGGCUACCUCUUUAGUGACGAAGAGCAGCCAAGUGCAGCAGCCCUAACACCACCGAUCCAGCCUCCAUACGGGAUAGAUAUCACCCCAGAGAAGCCCCCAACUCCCAACAAACCAAGUUCACAGAAAGACAAAGAGACGAACAUUACCAACAAUUAUCAUAGAGCUCGAGGACAGAAUUCAGGCAACUUCAUAACCGAUCGUCCAUCAACAAAAGUUAAAUCGGUUCCUGGCGGAGAUUCAUCUCUGGGUUACCUGUUUGGAGACAAGUGAUGCUGUCUUGUUUCAGAUAAGUGGGUUUCAAAUAGUACAUCUGCAGUUCUACUGGUUGAACUUGCACUGGUCCUUGUACUGCUAUAUUAGCAAUUUAAUUGGCAUCCUUUGGUAUUAAGUUCUCAUGAAUUAAUCCGCCAGAAAGUAUAUUUCUGUCAUGAAGGUAUGAUUUACGGUUUUACUUUUAUCAGGAUUGUGUAGUAACCAGAAGUUUAAGUUCCUGUCCUGUGUAAAAUAUUCAUGUAAACUUUGAUUAUCAA